UAACGGCGUAAAAUUUAACUGUAUGUAUUUAUUCUUACUGAAAGAAAUUACACCGUUAGUUAACUGCGUAAAAUAUUUCAGUAGGCGUAGCUACAGACUUAAAUAAAUUAUGCCGUUAGUUAACGAAAUAAAAUCUUAUAGCAGGUGUAGCUACAGACUUAAAGAAAUUAUGCCGUUGGUUAACGGCGUAAAAUUUUACUGUAUUUAUUCACAGCGAUUGAGCCAAAUUACGGUUGUGGUUUCUGGCGUAAAAUCUUUUUUUAUGUUUCAUCAUUACUCAGAAGACUUUAUCCUUUGCAUGCAUUCCUUACUGCUUUUUUCAUUUCGCUAAGGAAUUUAACUCUUGUACGGGUAUCCAAUAUCUUCGUCAACUGCAACUGUAAUAUCCGUUGCCUUGUCAGCUUUUGUGUGGCCAAUUUACCGGAUCAAAUCCUUUGUUUGUUCUACAUUAGUGGAGGGGUAUAGGGGAGCAUGCCCCCCCCGCGAACAGGGGGCUGGAGGGGGCAGAACCUUGACGCCAUGUUGCAUGACGUCAUGGUAUAGACAAAACUGUCUAUGGCACGAACUGACAAUAAACCUUGCAGGGGUCUUAAGGUUUGAGGCCUGUUGUUUCCUUCCAAAAUGUAAAGGGAAUAAUUUUUUUUAUUGGAGUUAUUUUACGAUCAACAUUUGACCAAAUGUGAAUCUUUAUGUGAAUAUAACAGCGCGUCUUACUUGGUACGCUCCAGUAGUAGAUUAUCGAAACCGAGGAUAAGGCGUAGGCAUGGGUCCCACGAGUAUUGUGGUUACAAUCCCCUAGAGACAAAGGAAUGAGGGGAAUAAACUUCAUAGCGGAACUCUCGUCCGAUCAUCGAUUCGAAUGUGGCGUCAAGUCUAAUAUAUAGAUCAUGCUGGUCAGUCGUGUGUAUCACCCUCACCAAGGAAGCCAAAUUUUUGCCAGGGCAGCGUUUAUGGUUCAUGGCAUUCGCUUUGCUUCAAUGAACAAAAGUAAAACAAACAAAGAGAUCUUUGAACCAUUGCCAAGAGAAGAACUUGUUACUAAAUUCAAGUCGAAAUUACGUGACAGAGAGUUUACACCAGGUUCCACACAAGGUGGUUUCCCAGAGUUCUUAGCGGAACCAAGAGAUUCCCUUCCACUUGGUGUACGCGUCCACAAUCCUAACCAGGCCUCUCUCGCUCAACUGACCGCAAAGUGUAUGGAAUUCAUGGAAGAAAAUCAUUCACAAUGUCCAGCUAUUUUGUUUCGUGGCCUUCCGGCUCGAACAGCCAAUGACUUCUCGACUAUUGCUGGUAACAUUCCCGGAAAGCCUUUGUCGUAUGAGGUCGGUGGCAGUACAUAUCGUAAACAAGUUGACAAAAGUGUGAAGACUUAUACCGCUAGCGACGAUCCAUUAGAGGUUACUAUGGAUACGCACAACGAGAUGUCUUAUCUCAAUACUUGGCCCAAAAAGCUUUUCUUUUACAGCGUAAAGGAGGCUGACGAUAAUUGUGGUGGUGAAACACCGUUGGUCAAGAACAGCGAACUCCUUUCCAAAUUGGAUCCCGAAGUAGUGGCGAAGUUUGAAGAAAAGGGUGUGCGAUAUGUACGAUAUUUGCGGGACAAAUCCCACGAUGAAUACAUGAAUUGGCAACACAUGUUUGGCACUGAAGAUAAAAAGGAAGCAGAGAGGCGAGCAAAAGGUAAAGGGUACCACCUGAGCUGGAAUGAAACACAAGACUUACGUCUCUGGCAAAACAGACCCGUGUCGAUACAGCACCCGCAGACCGGAAAUAAGAUUUGGUUCAAUCAGAUAGCGGCCAUGCACAGCUCUUAUUACCAAAUUAUGCCCACGUUUAUUGGUAAAGGUAUCCCGGAUGACGAAUGCCCUUCCAACACAUAUUAUGGAGACGGAAGUCCGAUUGAACCGGAAGUAAUACAACACAUACGAGCAACAACCUGGUCAUGCGCAGUUGGUUUUCAGUGGCGAGCAGGAGACCUACUGGCAUUGGAUAACUUAGCCGUUCAGCAUGGACGCAUUGGUUAUAGUGGUGAGAGAAAAGUACUCGCUUACCUCACUUGCUAGAGUGAAACUUAAUUGGAUGUUUGCAUGUUGGCUAGAGUGUCUCAAGGGACCAAUCCAAGACGUUUAACUAUAACAUUCAAUUAAUUUUGAAAACCUGUGUAGUCUUUGUAUAGUUUCCAGUUCAGCUUAUGACUAGUUAAUCAGACACUGACAUCAAUCUAACAAGAUGAUAGAGCUAGUGAACCAUAUGUGGUAUCAAGUAACUAUAGGCCUUAUCUGCGCUUUAGACCCAACAUUGGCUUCGUUCUAAGGCUAUGAUGAAAGUUUGAACGGAAAUAAAAAUUAUUUUCUUUUGAAAUAUUUUCCUUGGAGUGAUCAGAUAACUGAGCCGAUUAAAAAAAAGUCGUGUUGGGAACCUAUCCUAGACAUUAUUUCAUAAGUCACGAUGAAUUUCAUUUUCUAAUCUAUCUGUAGCCAUUGACCCAGCACACUUUUAUGCAAAGUCCGUAAAUGAAGUCGAAUUAAAGAACAAAAUGCGUAGAAA